AUGAAAUUUUCUACAUUACUUCAAAAAAAUUUUUAUCCAUUCUUUGGACCAAGAGAAAUAAGUUCAUUCGCAAAACGCCAACUCCGAACUUCAAGUCCUUUUCUUUCCACAUCAACUUUUCACAUUGAUGCUCGUUUAACUAAAUCACCUCUAUUUCCCUUUCCAUAUACAAUUUAUCGUUCAUCAAAUAAGACGUCAAAGCCUCAAUGUUCUAAGAUUAAUAAAUGCCAGGAAGUUUCUACAAUUGAACAUAUUCCAUCCUCACAUUCUGUCUUAGACUUUUUGGAUAAACCUUUUUCAACUCCACGAAAUUCUUUAGCACUAAUACAUGGUGCUUCUGGUGUAGAAAAACAUACCGACAAAUUUAUAUCUACAAUUAAUGAUGACAAAUAUUUUAGUAUUAGUUGUGGUGAAGAUAGUUUUUUCAGACGACACGAUUCUUUAGGCGUUGCUGAUGGUGUUGGCAGUUGGCGCAAUGUUGAUUCUUUAAUAGCAAAUUCAGCAUUGUAUUCUCGAAAGUUGAUGCAUUAUGCAUAUACAGAGCUUGAAAAAUAUACCGAUAUUAAAGAUAUUAAUCCAACUGAGAUUAUGCAAGCAAGCUAUGAACAAACCAUACGUGAUUGUACAUUAGAGGGGAUCGUUGGUUCUUCAACCGCAUUAAUAGCAGUUUUACGAGAUGAUGAACUUCGAAUAACAAAUAUUGGAGAUUGUGGAAUAUGUAUUAUUCGACAUAAUAGUAUCAUAUUUAGAAAUGAAGAACAACAACAUAGCUUUAAUUAUCCCUUUCAAUUAGGAAUUUUUUCUUAUGAUAAACCCAAAGAUUCUCAAGAAUUUAAAAUUAAAAUUCAAAAAGGAGAUAUAAUUAUUUUAGGAUCUGAUGGUAUCUUUGACAAUUUAUUUGAAGAGGAUAUACUUGAAGAAAUUGCUAUGUCUCAACGAAGUAGCUUAAAGGUAGAUCCUCAAGUAAUUAGUGAUUCACUUGCGUGGCGUGCUAAAGCUGCUAGUGAAGAUAUUAAUAAUAUAAGCCCUUUUCAAAGUCGUGCUAUGCAUGAAGGAUUAUAUUAUCAAGGUGGGAAGAGAGAUGAUAUAAGCGUAUUGGUGGCUAUUGUAGCAUAG